AUGGCCUCUGGAGCUACGGUCCAAAAUCGAAAAACUCAUCUGGACGCGCUUGACGGGCCACGGCUGGAAGUCGGCAAUUACGGCUUAGGACAGCUUCUAGAGCCUGAUUUUAGUGCAAAGGCAUCAGAUCUAUUUAUCGCCAGUACCGCAGUGUCCAGAAUCGGAUUGCUGCAGCUUUCACCAUCUAGUCCUGUAAAGGAAGAUAUUCAAUACAUUUCGACAUCAGAACAGCUGCAAGUGAUACUAGAUCAACAGCUUUCCCCAGGUCACAUUUUACUAUUGGUUUCGCGUCGAAACUCAUGGAGCCCUCUUGGCAUCACAGUCGACAUGUUUCGAAGGAUAUAUACCUCAAACAGCAUCACGCCGCACUUUCUAAAACUCCUCAGCGGCUUUCAGAAGAGAUGGAAAUCAAGUGAUGAAGAUUUUGUGGCCUCCUAUAGCAGCUUCUCUUCCAACAUUCAAAACCUUUGCUAUAACAUUCGUCACUUCGAAAAGCACGGUAGAGCCCUGGAAGACCCGUGGUCGUGCCGGCAAUCUAUCAUUCACCAAAAAUACCACUUCGGUGAAAAGUCAUCACUUUGGCUCGUGAUCAGUCCCCCAUUGCUUUUCUCAGAAAGGUUGGUAGAAACUGGCGCCAUUUACACUGCUCAUCCCAUGGCUCCUCAUCUCCAAUACCUUUCUGCCGCUCUUGGGUGUUGGAGAGAGUACUUGAACUACCUAUCGGAGCAACUAGGUACCCUGAAUAAAGACAUCUCAAUGUCUAUGCCUUACAGCAAGUACAAUAUUGGAUUCUCAUCGAUAAAUCGAAUCCAUCACCUACGGAAAAAGAUGUUGCACGCACAAUCUAUCCUAUCUAAUACCUCUGAAACUGUGGUAACGAUUCGGGUGCACGAGCAAACAGCCAGUCGUCAAUUUGAAGUGCCAUCUUACACCCGAGCUGAGUUCAAAGCUGAACUGAAGAACAUAACGAAUGACCUUCGAAAUUUCCGUACAACUAUUCAAAAGCUGCUGGCAUUGUCAUUGGAUUCAAGAUCGAUGCAUAACGAUAUUAUCAGCUUCCAAAAACAAGAGCUAGGUCUUUCUGACAGCAUGAAGCUGACUCAAAUCGCGGAAGCCGAUUCUGCCGAGUCUCAAACCAUGGCCUCCAUUGCAAAAAUCACACAUAAUGAUUCUCGGAAAGUAAGAGUAAUGACAAUGGUUGCUCUUCUAUAUCUCCCCCUCAACUUGGUUUUGCACAACCCUCGUAUGGUUCGAUCCUAA